CAAUGGGCUAACAAAAAAAUCGACCGGUAGUGACGCAGAAGGUCUAUCGAUGAAGCCAGGGAGUUUCACACGAUUCCCAGGAACAAACACCAUCAGGAGUACUUUUCUCUUGCUCUCGUGAAUAUGUUGAGGUGUUUUCUUCUGCUCUGGAUCUUGCUGAGGCGUGCAGACUCCUUUAGCGUCACAGUACCCUCCAGUCCUAUACUCGUGGACCGUGGAGCCACAGCUCUUCUUUCCUGUGAAUUUGAACCAGACCCUAACAUCUCUGAUUUGGUGAUCACAUGGCAACGGCAGGAAGACUCACGUGUGGUCCACAGCUUCUACUAUGAGAGAGACCAGCUUGAGCGACAAAGCUCAGAAUAUUUAGACCGGACGAAGUUAAAUCGAGAGGGACUCGCUGAAGGAAAUGCAUCCCUGAGUAUAGUCAAUAUUGGACUGAAGGAUGCAGGGAAAUACAUAUGCUUAGUGAGUAACAACAAGGGAACUGACAGAGGAGUGGUGCAGUUGGUUUACACGGCUUUCUAUUCUGAGCCAAGGUUAAGCAUCCAUCUCCAAUCUACCAAUGUCACUGUCCAAUAUGAGACAGAGGGCUACCCGAGGCCAGAGGUCAUGUGGCUGGGGUCAGAAGGUCAGAAUCUCACUGACGACCUGGAAGUUUCAUCUGCAUCAGACGGUGGACUGUACUAUUUAAAAAGCAGCUACAUAACCCAGAAUCCAGUGUUCAGUGUCACAUUUACUCUGAAAAACCCUGCUACACAUCAGGAGCUACAGAGGCAUGUUAACCUCAGCUACGAUGGGAACACCAGCUCCAGUCAAUCAGUCGUGGUUCUGUCUGUAUUGUGUGUUCUCCUCCUGUGCUCGACGGUUCUGCUGCUGUGGUUAUACUGUCGUGACAGGAAUCCCAGAUGAAUUACUGGAAAUUGCGUGCCUGUGCUGAGCAUCAACUAAUCAAAGUACCCCCAACAUCAUUUCUGGGCAUUCAUUUUUAUAUUAAAUUAAUACUGCUGCUCUUCUUGACUUUAUGUAAUCCAUCCAGAUUUUGGAGAGACGCACAAGAAAUCAUUCAAGUUGAAGGGUGUGAUUUUAGUUGAUUUUUAAUCAUUCUUUUCACUUUUUUGUCCUAGUUUCUUCACAAGCAACUAUCCUGAGUCAUUUUCAGGCUUUUUAGAGCAGAAUGAGAAUACUAUAAUUAGAAUGUUUUACAAAAAAUUCAUGGCUACUUUUGAAUUUGCCUUUUAUGGAAAAAGUGACAUCAACGGUAACAUGACUAUGCUAACACUAGCAUGAAUUUAAGGCAGAACUAUCAAUCUUUUUUCUUCUGUUUGGCACAUUAACUGGAAGUGUAUUUUAAAACAUUUAAGACAAACAACUCAUGGUGUGGACCCACCUGCUGAUUUUUUUAAUUAUUAUUAUUAUGCAUAGCCUUGCUGGAGAGGUUUCCUUAAACUGUAGCAUUAAUGCUAACAAGAUAAAAUGAGCUAUUUAUUUUUAUAAAAACAUUUUCAGUUAUCUUUAACAAUAAUAAUCUUUGGACCAAAACCAAAUUAAACAAGGUAUUUUUUCAGAUCAUGAGUGUUUCGUUAUUAUAUUUGUCUAUAAUUACAAAAUAAAAUAUUAUUAAAGUGCCCCUAUUAUGGGUAAUGAAAGGUUCAUAUUUUGGUUUUGGGGGUCAUCAACAGGUUGACAUGCACGCAAGGUCAAAAAACACUUUCAUUCUUUUAUAAUAUGCAUGGCCUACAUGCUCAUUGAUUCCCAAAUGAUCCACUCAAUAAUUCAUUUUUCCAAACCUUUCCUUUGCGUGACACUUAUCUGUGGUGAUGUUGACAUCAACGGCUUGGGAUUUGUUUUUAAAAUGACUCAUUUAAAUGAUUCAGAGUUGACUCUUUCUUUUGAGAGACAUUUAUGCACGGUGCACUUUCCAAUUUAAAGCUUUGCCUGAUGUUUUCAUUCACUUAGAGUUGUUACACACUGCAUGGAAUGUCAAUUUCACAAAACCCAUAACAGGGGUACAUUAAUGUCAUUAUUAAUAAUGAAAAUCAGACCAAAAAAAGUAUUUCAUCCAUGUAAUCCACAAAACAUUUCAUAGUUUACAGAAAAGACACCUCUCAGAUGUCCAUUCCAACAAGAAGGUACAAUCUUUUAAAAUCAUCACAAUUCACACAAGGCAUUAAAUUAUAUGUAACGUGUAUUUAGUUUUUUAAAUAUCGAUGAUGACAAAGAUCUCUGGUUUCUCCGUGUCAUGUACUUGCAUAGCAGAGUAAGUGAUUGCUUUCACUUCUGUUCCCUGUAAAACAAAAAUAAAACCAUUAAAAUCUU